AUGAAAUUAGCUCGAUUUUCUCCUUUCCAAUUGGUCGUGGGCACGUUAACCUGUCUGUAUAUACUGAAGAAUGCUGACCGAUUAGUUGGACUUGGAUCACCUGAACCAUUGGCACGUCUUUACAGCCGUAAUUUCUAUCGCGCCACUUGGUUUUUGACAGCUUUGGAAGCUGGAUUUUGGACUGCAAUGCCGAUUCGACCAAAAUUUUUAAAGGAUAUUAUGUCAAUAGUUUUUUCGGCGUAUUACUUAAUAUUUGCGGACCAAGCCGAUGAAAAGACGCGUCGAAUACGUGCUACAGUUACUGUUGAGCACAUCCGAUCAUCCUGGGAAAGAAUGCUGAACCCGUAUCUUCGUGCAGCAAUAAGUCUCACACACCCACACCUCCGCAUUCAUCAAAAGAGAAUAUAUCUUCAACGCCCAAAAGAAAACCCAUACAAUAAAAAACAAAUUCCCGCAUACAUAUAUUACUCGGGUACCGAAGAGUCUUUCCAAACUGCCGAUUGUCUAAUUCUCCAUUACCCUGGUGGUGGUUUUAUUAGUAUGGCUCCACCGUGUCACGAGGAUUAUUUGUCAUUUUUGGCGAAAUGGACUGGAGUGCCGAUUUUGAGUGUUGAUUAUGGAAAAGCGCCCGAAUAUCCCUAUCCUUAUGCACUCGAGGAAUGCUUUGAUACUUAUCGAAGUAUUAUGGAAAGCAAUGGUGAAACGAUUGGAAUGUGUGGAUGGCUGAAUAAAGAUGGUAGUCAAAGACAGCAAAUUAAAAUCACUCUGGUUGGUGAUUCUGCCGGUGGCAAUCUGGUGGCUUCAGUUAUGUUCAAAAUUCUCGAGUACCCGAAACCAAUAGCACAGCCUUCAGGACUUGUUCUUAUAUAUCCAUGUUUGAAUUUCGAUAUCAAUUGCUGGAUGCCACAAUCACAACUAUCAGUUAUACGCGCAGAAUCCACCGAAUCAAUUCCCGGUGUACUUGAAUCAAAAGAUCAUUUACACCAUAAAAGUCCAUUAUCUGUUGUGCCGGAUGUGAAACCGAAAAGACGGUGGCGAAGAAGAUUUUCUGGUUCAACGGAUGAUGAAAGACCAAUUGAAGAGAGAGUUCAGUUUAUCGAAGGGCAAGAGUUAAAACCUAACGAGGAAAAACGAAGAAGUCAAAUUAUUGGUACACGACUGGCUAUGACUAGUCGUAUGAGUUUCUUUAAUGAUAGGAUCCUUACACCUGAUUUGAUGCGAGCAAUGGCACUUCUUUAUCUUGGACCAAACAACUAUCCAGACUUCACAUCAGACUAUUAUCUUUCCCCAAUUGUAGCACCAGAUGAACUGCUAGCACGAUUUCCCAAAACGUAUCUCAUGUGCGGCGAAAAAGAUCCAUUUGUUGACGACACGGUUAUUUUUGCGGGACGUAUUCGUGAAGCUAAGCGAAGAAAAAGGCAGCUCGCUGACGGAGGCAAAUACGGAGAAAGUUUCCGAAUGAGCGGCAUGUCUAGUGCGAAGUUUGACGACGUUAUCGAGGUUAAGGUGUUACAGGGUGUUAGCCAUGCCUUUUUGCAGAUGCUGGCAUUGUUACCAGAAACUAAAGGCGCUGUUCGAGCACUUGCUAGAUGGUUAAGUGCAAGCUUUGAAGAGAAAUCUGCUACGCAAAAGAAUUUUAGUAAAACUAAUGGUGGUUUACAAACUGGAUCAGAUGUGAUCAAUGAAGAUGAUGAAGGAGUAAUAUUCACAUCACGUCGGUCUACAAUCAAUGACCUUACGAAAGCAAAUCCACAGAUACUACAAGAAGCUAACGACGAAAAUUUUCCCAAUUCAUCAACUAAUUAUAAUCAUCCCAAUUACAAUCACAAUAAUAGUAUAGAUAUUACUAUACCACAAAAUUCACAACCUCACAUAUCUGCUUCAUUUCAAAAUAUAACUCUGCUCGAGAACGACAUCCACGUAAAUGGCAACGGUGCCUCUGCUCUCCCUCAUCAUAUUCACACUUCUGCAUCCGAAACCGUAAUAACACCAACAACUCCGCAUCAUGAACGAGAACGUGUUCUCUGGGAACAGAAAAACAUUCUCAACGAAGCAGAAAUUCUAAGGCGACGACGCGAAAAUUUGGUUCGUGGGCUGCGUGACGGAUGUGAUGAACAAUCUUCUUCUAUGGACGAUUCGUCGUCUUUGGAUCCUUCUGUUUUCAAUGAGUCGGGAAUGCCAGGUGUUAUAUAA